AUGGACGACGAGAUCGGCGAACGGACGCCGGCGUUGGGCGGAUCGUGCGGGCCUUCUGUGCGGGCGCACAGCAGCAGUCCCCGCAGGGUGCCGCUCUUCGAACGCGCCUCUGCCCGCUGGUGGAACCCGCAGUUCCGAUCGGCCACCCUCGAAGCACAGUACUGGAAAUGCAGCUUCAGUCAGUUGCGCGACCGCUUCCGCUCCGGACUGAUCUACAUCGCCGCCGUCGUCGCCGCCUGGACCCUAUUUCUUGCGUUGUUCGAUCGCACUUUCAUUCAAACUUGGGUAUGUCUUUACUUCUUCCGUUUCCAUUUGUUUACUUUCCCCUAUUAUACGUUUGGUUUCCUAUAUAUUUAUUUGUCAGUCAGUCAGGCGGGGUUGUGUCCGGUAUAUAUAUACAAUAGAAGUGUCCGAAUACUUGACCUCGUCGAUGAAGAAAGAAACGCAAAUUACUGGUUUUUUUAUGACAAGACACUAGGUUUUGACACGAAAGUUAGCAUUUUUUGAAAAUUUUCGAAUGCUUCAAAUUACGGUAGCUCGAGAUUUCAAUGAAAAACACUAUUCAGCCUUCGCCUGUCCAAAAUAGAACAUUUCGAUACAGUUUGAAGGAGACACCCUUUUCCUCUGAAAAUCUAAAGGCUCAAACGUUUUCGUGGCGAGAUUCUUCUUCUUCGCAUUUCAAAUGCAAAUGACCUCCCGAAUUCAGCUUCACCAAUUUGAAUAAUUCAAAUGCAAGUGUGUGUGUGUGUGGGUGUAUGCGUCGAAGAAUUUAUCGCCUUUUUCAUGGCGGCGGGCCCUCCGUGAGCCUUUCUAAAUCCCGAUCUAAAAAUAACCAGCGGAAGGGGGCCCGCUGUCAAUUUUCAUGAGCUUUUUCUCUAUUUCUCCGAGCAAAAAGAGCUUGAGCUCGGCGAGAGCAAGAGCAAGAGCAAUUGUUGAAAAAUGAUGAAAAGAGAGCUCUAGCUUCUUGUGCGCGCGUGUGUAAAUCCAAUGCUCCAUGAGCACGACAACACGGCCCCGACGGAUGUGCCAAAAACCAAUUUCCGAGGCGAAAAAAGAAGAAGAAGAAAGAGUGUGCCGAGUCCGAGAUGAUGAGCUUCUGGAGUAGAAGAAGAAGAAGGAGAAAAGUCAAUUUAGGCAAAAGGAAGAGAAGAAGCGGUUCUGUUUAUUGGGAAGAUGCUCACGGAGCCCGUGCAUUGUGGUCGAAGAGAAAUGAAACAAAGUGGAGUAUUCCGAAUGAAAAAACUGAAAGUUGAAAACUAAAAAUUGAAAGUUAGUUGGAGCCAGGAAGUUGAAGCUCUAGGGUAGGGUUGCAGAAAAGGCGCCUGUUUUUAGCUCAUCUGCCGUAAGCCACAAUAUUUCCAAACAUUUUCAGAUCGUUGCACUUUCUCUGAUAACUGUAAUAGUCGCCAUGUUCGUUUUUACCACGUGUGCUGCACAAUAUCAAAGGUUCGUUUCACGAAUGACGACACAUUGACAAUCAAUACUAAAGACUGUGUAGAAUAAUGUUUCUAGAAGAAUUUAAAAAAAAAUUCAGGUUCUACAUGCCCACGUCGUUCCUGUGCACUUUUCUGAUUUGCCUCGUCACCCUUCUCAUAUUCUCCGCAGAAUCGCACGCAGCAUUCAUGACCCCUGUCGCGAGUCUUGCCACGAGUUUCCAGGUAUCCCAAUCCCACCAGUACCCUCCGUAAUCUCCGAUUUAAGGUCGUCCUGCUGAUCUACACCGUGAUCCCGCUGCCCUUGUAUUUGUGCAUUCUCAUCGGCGUCGUCUACUCGAUCCUUUUCGAAAUUCUGAACAAAAACAAAAUCGGAUUGGAGGAAGCCGGCUACAUAAAAUUAGUUUUGCACGCCGGCGUCCAUCUUCUCGGCGUCCAUUUGUUCAUUUUGACGCAAGUACGCCAGAGGAAAACAUUUUUGAAAGUCGGACAAUCGAUGUUGGCGCGCAAGGAUUUGGAGUUGGAGACGCAAUUCAAGGACCACAUGAUCCAGUCGGUGAUGCCCAAAAAAGUAUGCAUUUAGAAUUGGGAAACGGAGGGAGAAGGGUUAGAGAAACAAAGAACAAAGUUUUUGAAGCGGAAAACCAGAAAACUUGAACAUGACAUACUUUUUAGGUCGCUGAUGAACUUCUCAAAGACGCUUCUGAGCUCCGACGCCCUUCAGCUUCCAAUGAUUCCAACUGCAGAACAUCCAAUGCCACGCAAGUUGAUCGUGAGUUUUUGAUAUCUUUUCCUUGAAUGGAUAGAAAAGUCUCAACCCCCUCUUUUUUCCAGAACCCAUCGCCAAAAUGGUGCCGGAAUACCGAAAGUUCCGUCCGUUCACAAUGAAUCUCAUGACGAACGUGUCGAUCCUCUUCGCCGACAUCGCCGGAUUCACGAAAAUGUCAUCGAACAAGUCUGCGGACGAGCUCGUCAAUCUCCUCAACGACCUUUUCGGUCGAUUCGACACUCUGUGCCGUCUGCGCGGCCUCGAGAAGAUCUCAACUCUCGGAGACUGCUAUUACUGCGUCGCCGGGUGUCCGGAACCUUGCGAUGACCACGCGUGCCGGACCGUCGAAAUGGGUCUCGACAUGAUUGUGGCCAUCCGUCAGUUUGACAUCGAUCGUGGACAGGAGGUCAACAUGCGCGUCGGUAUUCAUACCGGAAAAGUCAUGUGCGGAAUGGUCGGCACGAAGAGAUUCAAGUUCGACGUAUUCUCGAACGACGUCACUUUGGCGAACGAAAUGGAGUCUUCAGGAGUCGCCGGACGGGUCCAUGUCUCCGAAGCGACCGCGAAACUUCUCAAAGGUCUUUAUGACAUCGAAGAGGGACCCGAUUACGAUGGUCCCCUCCGGAUGCAAGUGCAGGGAACGGAGAGAAGGGUGAAGCCGGAGAGUAUGAAGACCUACUUCAUCAAGGGAAGAAUCAACGAAACUGCAGAAGAAGAAGCCGUUCAAGUGCAGGAAGUGGAGAGUCUGCACAGCCAGAAAAGCAGUAAAAAGUCGACUUUGAAGCAGAAAUGGGCGGAAAAGUUGAAGAUGAACCACACAAAUUCGUACCCGAUGAGAACGGCAGCAAGAGAAGGCGGAGGAAGUUUGAGGAUCAAGUUGGCCGAGAGAAACAGAAGUACCCAACUUCUCCCCAAAGAGUCCAAUUCUAUUUGUGUCAUGGAGGACAACCGGAAGUCGGCUUCUCUUCAAGCGCUGGCCACUAAUAACUUCAACGGAAGCAACACAGACACCAACAAUACUUAUAGUGACCGUGUGACCGAUAGCAAGAAGUUUGUGAGCACCGGAAGCGAGAGCAACAGUAUCAAAGGAAGUCGGAGCAGUGGUCUUCAGCUUUCUCUCCAAGAUGGAAACUCCGACCUCAAUUCUGUGGGCGGCCUGGACACUGCCAUUUCUCACCACCACAACGCCGCAUCUCUCACUCGCUUCGACACGGACAAUAAUUUCGAUCAGCGCUUGGCAAUGGUGAUCGGACAAGGAGAAGAUGGAUUCGACAAAGGCUUCUGGAACCAUCACGACAGUCUCAACAAGUGGACCCUUCGGUUUAAUGAGAAGGACGUCGAGCAAGAGUAUAGGGCUCACUUUGUGGAUUCGGCUGAAAGGUAUACGAGCGCAAAGAAAGGACACGUGGAACGUCAUCAGGAUCUGAUGGAUAUGGAGCAAGGCGAGCAGUCCGCGGUGAACAAGUACAGAUACUCCGGGGUGUUCAUUGACAUCAUCGUGGCCACUCUCAUCUUCGUGAUCGCCGGAAGUGUCGCCCUGAUGUCAGUCCGUCCACUUCCGAUCUCCCUGCUCGCCUAUUUCCCCUUUGCUGCCGCCAUCCUCAUCCUAACGAUCGUUCUGAUCGGUUUGCCCCUUCUCGCCCGCAAGACCUCCAUCCAAUGCGCAAACCAAUGGAUGCCACGUCAUCUCAUCGGCCUUCUGCUGAUCUUUUUGCCUGUCGGAGUGGCCAUCUGCAUCAUGCCGUUCUGUCAGAAAGGAGAAUGUGCCAAUAUCAUUUUGAACUACCGGCUUGCGUUCAGUUAUGUCACCAUUCUGGCCAUAUUCGCCCACUGCAACUUCUCCCAGCUGGCUGCCUGGCCGAAGACCACUGCCGCGGUGCUCAUCGGGCUCCUUCACAUCGCCGGUGUUUUUUAUUGCCAGUUCAAUUUGACGCAUUUGGAUAUCGAGGUUAGUUCCAGCACUUUUCUUCUAAUAGUUUUACUUUCUGCUUCAGGCUGACAGCUGCAACGUGUCCACCAUCUGGAUCCCUCCGAUCCGUCGCGGAUUCAACGCAACCAUCUCGCUGAACUCCACCUCCGCGCGUACUUUGUCACAGACCUUCGGCUCCCCGCUCUUUAUCUGGGAACUUCUGCUCGACGUCGUCCUCUCCAUCGUCCUCGUCGCUUUCCUCAACUAUCAAUUUGAGACGGCGUUCCGCAUGUCAUUUUUCGGCGACGUUCAAGCCAGACGGGACACGGAACGGAUGCAAAUCGUGCGAGAUCAAGCCGAUUGGCUGCUGAACAACGUGAUUCCCGCCCACGCAGUCGAGAGUUUGAAGACGGACACAAAGUACAGUGAGAACCACGAAACGGUGGGAGUUCUCUUCGCGUCCAUCACUAACUGGAACGACAUGUACGAGGAGAACUUCGAGGGAGGCCGCGAGUUUCUGAGAGUGCUCAACGAGGUCAUCGGAGACUUUGACGAGCAACUCGACCGCCCCGAGUUCAGCCACAUCGAGAAGAUCAAGACGAUCGGACCUGCGUACAUGGCGGCCAGUGGAUUGAAUCCGGAGAGGAAGAAGAAUAUGCAGCAUCCAAAAGAGCAUCUGUAUCAGAUGGUCGAGUUCGCAUUGGCCAUUCAGCACGUGCUCAGCGUCUUCAAUGAGGAUCUGCUCAACUUUGAUUUCGUUUGUAAAUUAGGACUCAAUAUAGGUAUGAACUUUUUAACUUCUUCAGAAACGUUUAUGUGUGUUUCAGGACCAGUGACAGCCGGUGUCAUCGGAACCACCAAGCUGUACUAUGACAUUUGGGGGGACACAGUCAACAUUGCGAGUCGAAUGUACAGUACCGGAGUGCUGAAUCGAAUCCAAGUGUCUCAGCACACCCGCGAAUUCCUGCUCGAUCGGUAUGAAUUCGAAUUCCGAGAUCAUAUUGAGGUCAAGGGAAUCGACGGAGGAAUGGACACUUACCUCUUGGUUGUAAUCAUUGGAUUUUAUUCUGAAAUUAAUUGUUUCAUGUUUCAGGUUGGAAGAAAAGGCGAAGGAAUUCCGCCAGCCAUUAACGACAACAAAGAAGACGAGUUCUGA